UAAGCGAUAUCAAAAGAUAUGAAAUAUGUAAGAGAAACAACAUCUGUUUAAUUUAGAAUGUUUGUUUGCAGGCCCGAAACAAACCAGCCGAUGGAGGUGGUCAUGUCAACCAGAAGAAUGCAGCAGGACAGAAAGCAACGCCAGCCUGUCAAAAAGGUGGUCCAAAAACACCAGUCAAGCCUUCAGCACAGAAAGGGGCAGCAAAGACGGCGCCUCCCAAGGCGGCGGCGGCAGCGGCAGCGGCAGUCAAGACUCCUCAAGGCAAGAAGAAGAAGGGGCACAAGCAUCAACAGUACGAACUCAUUGUCACUAUCAACUUGUCAGAGUAUGGCCUUACGGAAGAACAAGUCGCAGAGUUCAAAGAAGCCUUCAUGCUGUUUGACAAAGACGAAGACGGGACCAUCACGAUGGCGGAGCUUGGUGUUGUGAUGCGAUCACUGGGACAAAGACCCUCAGAGACUGAAUUACGAGACAUGGUGAAAGAGGUGGAUCAGGACGGCAACGGCACCAUCGAGUUCAAUGAAUUCCUCCAAAUGAUGUCCAAGAAGAUGCGAGGGGCUGAUGGAGAGGACGAACUUAGAGAGGCUUUCAGGGUAUUCGACAAGAACAACGACGGGCUGAUAUCGUCGGUGGAACUGCGCCACGUAAUGACCAACCUGGGGGAACGGCUCAGCGAGGAGGAGGUGGACGACAUGAUCCGCGAGGCCGACCUCGACGGUGACGGCAUGGUCAACUACGAUGAGUUCGUGACAAUAUUGACUUCGAAAAACUAG